AUGGGUGCCUACAAGUACAUGCAAGAAAUAUGGCGCAAAAAGCAGAGUGACACCGUCCGGUAUCUGCAGCGAAUCCGCACCUGGCACUAUCGUCAGUUGACCAGAAUACAUCGUGCUUCACGGCCAACACGCCCCGAGAAGGCUCGCCGUCUCGGAUACAAGGCUAAGGAAGGUAGGCACAUAUUUUAUUGUUCGAUUUAGCUUUUUGAAGUGCUAGAGCUUUUUCAUGUUCAAAUUUUUUUUUCAAAAAAUUGUAUGAAUGGCAUUUUAUUGCAAAAUUCAUGGAUUUCGUCGUUUCUUUUGGUGAAUAUUAGCACUACUUGCCCUAAAUUUUUUUGGUUGUGUUUUAAAUGUGCUGUUAAUAAUUUAUAAUAUUUUUAGGAUACGUUGUGUACCGCGUCCGUGUCCGCAGAGGAGGCCGCAAGCGCAAAGUCACCAAGGGUCAGACUUAUGGUAAGCCAAAGACUCAUGGAGUCAACGAACUCAAAUUCGCCCGUAACCUCCAAUCUGUCGCUGAAGUAAGUUUUUUACAUUUUUUCUUUGUCUUUUAGGGUCUGCGUUAAGAUUAAUAAAAUAUUAUUUAGGAGCGCGUUGGUCGUCUCUGUGGUGGACUCCGUGUUCUGAACUCGUACUGGAUCGCUGAGGACUCCGUCUUUAAAUACUUCGAAGUCAUCCUUGUUGACCCCGCGAACACCGUUAUCCGCAAGAACCCAGACACCCAAUGGAUCACCAAGCCCGUCCACAAACAUCGUGAACUUCGUGGUCUCACCUCAGCUGGCCGAAAGAGCCGUGGUCUUGGAAAGGGUCUGUCCUACAACAAGACAAUCGGAGGUUCUCGCAAAGCCGCCUGGAAGAGGAACAACACCUUCAUCGUUCGUCGCAAACGUUAA